AUGUACUCUCUGUCUGCAACGAAUGAUAAUGGUGCCGCGGACCAUGUGCGUGUGGUCGACUUUCGUUCUGAUACGAUUAGCGUGCCAACGCCGAGCAUGCGCCAAGCAAUGUUCACCGCCGUGGUAGGCGACGAUGUGUACGGUGAAGAUCCGACCGUACGCGAGCUGGAGGAAAGAUCGGCAACGAUGUUCGGCAAAGAAGCGGCCCUGUUUGUGCCCUCCGGCACGAUGGCCAAUCUAUUGGCAAUGAUGGUCCACUGCUCGCGACGCGGCACGGAAGCCAUCGUGGGGGAUAUGGCGCAUGGAUUUCUCUAUGAGCAGGGUGGAGCCGCUCAGAUCGCAGGGGUGCUGCUUAACACGAUUAAAAACAACCCGGAUGGGACGUUCUGUUUGAACGAGCUGGUACGCAAAUUUCGAGGCUUUGACGUCCACGAACCAAACACGGUGCUUGUCAUGGUGGAGAACACGCACAACAUGUGCGGCGGUAAAGUGAUCCCAUUGGAUUGGCUCGAGAAGCUAGCUACGAUAUGUUGUGAGAAAGGUGUUAAGGUGCAUAUGGAUGGUGCCCGUGUGUUCAAUGCGGCUGCUUACCUGGACCUGCCUGUUUCGCGCGUUGUUCGCGACGUGGAUUCGGUGUGUUUUUGUUUGAGCAAAGGACUUGCCUGCCCGGUUGGAUCCAUUCUGCUCGGAACGCAGGAAUUUAUUAAAGAGGCACAUCGUUUGCGCAAAGCUUUAGGAGGUGGAAUGCGGCAGGUUGGAUUUCUCGCAGCCGCCGGACUGUGUGCGUUGAAUGAAAUCGUUCCGAAGCUGAAAGAUGAUCAUAUUCGUACGAGAAGGAUUGCUGAAGCCAUUGAUCAGCAUGCAAGUCCAAUCUUCAAAGUAGAUUUGGCUAAUCUGCACUCCAAUAUUUUAAUGGUGCAGAUCAACAGUAAGCAGAUUCAUUCGAGUGAUUUGGCUCAUCGUUUGACUACUGUCACACCAGGCGAAAUUAAGGCGGGCGUAGUUGACGCGGAAGGCAAGGGCAUAGCAGUGAAGGUGAGUGCUCGCGAUUGGACAUUCGCACGAAUUGUAAUCUACACUAACAUUACCGAUGAAGAAGUUGAGUUGGCUAUAAAAAAGAUUCGGUAUGUUAUAGCAGAAUACGAGAAAGAUUUAUAA